AUGUCGCAGCAGCAGGCCCCGACCAACGAGGAUUCUUAUUUGAGUCGUGGCAAGCCGUUGAACCUGCUGAAGACGAGCUUCAGCAACGCCGGCCUCGAGAAGCUGUAUCACGCGUCGUCGUUGCAACAGCGUCGCGGAGGCUUCACGUGUUUCCUAGCGUCGGCGUUGCUGUACGGCCUCUACAUGUUCGCGAUGCCGGGGUUCCAGUGGCCAGCACGUUUCGUCAACGCCUUGUUUCUCUGUUUCAACUUAUUCUUGGUAGCCUGGACUGAGAGCGAUACCAAAACGCGUAACUUGUUCUGGUCGACGGUGCCGGGCACAGUCGGAAUGAUAUGGCUCGUGCACUUGCCCCUUCUGCUGCUUCUCAAGACCGCCGAGAUCACGCCGAUAGACAGCUUGGCGUGGAUGGUGCUGCUGCUGUACCUACUGUUCGCCACCCUGCCGCUCAAGUUGAUUUUUUGCUUUAACCUAGCGAUGAGCAGCAUUGCGAUAUACACACUCAACUUGAUUGCUUUCUCCAACAUGAGGCCGGAUGAUUAUAUAUUACAGUUCUCCGACAUUCUGCUCCUGUCGAUGACGUUAUUCACCGGCGCCUGUAUUUUGGGUAUCUGCGGCUACCGCAUGGCGGAAUUCCAGCAGCGUCGUGCGUUUCUGGAGACCAGGCAGAGUCUGGAGGUUCAGCUGAUGAUCGAGCAGCAGAGCGUGGAGCAAGAGCGACUGUUGCUGAGCGUUCUGCCGGAACACAUUGCGGUCAAGAUGCGGCAGGACCUUGGCGGUGCGUGUCACUUUACGCAGUUCAAGAAGAUCUAUAUGUCUAGGCACGAAAAUGUGUCGAUACUCUACGCUGAUAUAGUCGGCUUCACCGCGAUCUCGUCGACCUACAGCGCCAGCGAGCUGGUCAAGAUACUCAACGAGCUUUUCGCGCGAUUCGACCAGCUCAGCGAACGAUACGAGCAAAUGCGCAUCAAGAUUUUAGGGGACUGUUAUUACUGUAUAAGUGGUGCACCUAUCGAAAGGCCAGACCACGCGGUUCUCUGCGUGUAUAUGGGGCUGUCCAUGGUGGAGGCGAUUAAAUAUAUUCAACAAACGACGAACAGCCCCGUCGACAUGAGGGUGGGCAUUCACACAGGUGCGGUACUCGCCGGGGUUCUUGGACAGAAGCAGUGGCAGUUCGACGUCUACAGCAAGGACGUCGAGCUGGCGAAUAAGAUGGAGAGCAGCGGUAGGGCAGGGAGGGUACACAUCUCGAAUUCGACGUUGAGUUUUCUAAAUGGGGAAUUUGAGGUCGAGCCGGCGCAUGGGGAGGACCGGGAAGAGGCACUCCAUAAAGCUGGCAUCGUCACUUACUUCAUCGUAAAAGCCUUGAAGCCAUUUAAGCCAGCAGUGACGAAAAGCCUCGCGUCACUGGCGGACGCGGAAAACUCGCAAAAAGUAAUAGAGAAUGUGCAAGACAAAGUGGAGAAUAUUCGAGAGGAUUCCGAGGAAUUUCGGCAACGUCUGAGGAAGAAACUUGUCAGUAGAGGUGGUGAAAUUGACCUGAAAGUUUACACCAAUUGGUUCACACUACGAUUCAAAAGUUCGAAUAUGGAAGAGGCGUUUCAGAAGAAUGUCGAAGAGGAUGAGGCCUUUUCGCUCUUGUUGGCCUUUGGUUCGCCCCUGGUUGUGAUAUGUGCAGCCCCGAUAUGGAAAGAGCGCUAUUUGGAUGAGCACAUAUUGUUUGUCUUCGGAAUAAUAAUGUUUUCCAUCAUCAUACUAGCCAUAGAUACCUGUGUGAGCAACCCUAAGAUCAAGGCAUUGUGUACCAAGGCUUUCGUGACGUUCUUGACAACAGUCGGCCUCUUAACAUUUGUGCUGUUAGAGACGCUUAACUGCUCGAUCAUGGACGUGCCGCAGAAAAACACCACGCUAGUAUGGAUCCCACGAUGUUCGCAUGUUUCUUAUUAUUCAUUCGUCGGCGUCCUUGCGAUGAUCACUAUUUCGAUGCCGACAUAUCUCUGUUACCUGAGCAAGACGUUCAUGUUGUACAGCUACGCUAGCCUGCAAUCCUGCAUAUACAUGGUUUUUUCAUCGGGCCUCGAGUGGGAGGAAGUGAUGUACUAUGAUAAGGCAUCCCUGCCCUAUCCGCUGAAAUAUUUCCUGUCGAGCACCUUGUUCACUGUCGCGACCGCGCUAGUCAUCGUGAUGAGAUACUCCGAGAAGGCGCGAAGGAUGCUAUAUCUGCGAGGACGAGAGGUAAUCGCGCAGAGGGAACGAUCAACGGAAAUGAAACGAAGAAACGAAGUAUUAAUAUACAAUAUCUUGCCACCCCACGUAGCCACGUAUUUCCUGUCGCAUGCAAGGCAUCACGACGAUCUUUACAGCCAGAGCUACGCUAAGGUAGGCGUGCUAUUUGCCAGUAUGCCAAAUUUCGCAGACUUCUACAGCGAGGAGACCAUCAACAAUCAAGGCCUCGAAUGCCUUAGAUUCCUGAAUGAGGUCAUCUCCGACUUUGACGCCAUUCUCGAUCAGGAAAAAUUCAAGAGUAUCAUCAAAAUCAAGACGAUAGGAUCGACCUACAUGGCCGCUUCGGGAAUAUCCGAGGUGCAAUCGGUGCAGUCGGAGGAUAGUCUCCAGUGGAACCACCUCGUCACUCUUGUGGAUUUCGCUCUGGAACUCAAGAAAGCCCUGUCGAGCAUCAACGAGCAAAGUUUUAAUCAUUUUGUUUUGAAAAUGGGCAUUAAUCAUGGACCGGUGACUGCUGGUGUCAUCGGGGCGCGAAAGCCUCAUUAUGAUAUUUGGGGCAACACCGUCAAUGUCGCGUCGAGGAUGGAGAGCACGGGGAAAGUCGGCUGCAUUCAGGUCACCAACGAGACACGAAAGAUACUGGAGCCGUUCGGUUUCGGCUUUGAGCAACGAGGUCUCGUCUUCGUUAAGGGCAAGGGUCAGCUCUUAACGCACUACCUUGUCUCCAAGGAUGGCGUCAAUCUCGAUCUCGACAGCGAUCUUCCUGUUGAACCUACCCACCCGAUAAUCUAUCAGUAAUGUACUUCAAAGGCUCUAACUUGAACGAGAAAUAACUUUUCACCGGGAAUAUAAAGCCAGUUGUUUGGAAAGAACACGUUACGAUAUUUCUCGGCAGGUAUCAGGCAAGACGUUUAGGGGAAACCGAGCGUCCAACCUGAUAGCUUCUGGAAACUGAUGAAUCACGAAUCAUAAAUUAAACGAUGUUUCUGUACACCGAACGGAUUUUUUUUCAAGAACGUUCGGAAAGUAUUUAUGUGUAUUGUUGUAGAGAACUCUUUAAAUGUUAGCAUCCUCCGUAUCUCAAAAGAGAUAAAUAACAUGCGAAGAAAGGAUGAGGAGGGAUUAGAGAGGGGCGGAAUUGUUCGUGACUGUCCGCAAGUGUCAUCACACGUCGCCAUAUCGAUAUCAUCAUCCAUCAUCCGUCAUUUCAUUGAUUAUUCCGAUGGGAGAAGUUUGCACACAGCUGCCGCCGACUAUUCAUUGUCACACGUUCGCACGCACGUACGCAUGCAUGCACACACGGGGGUGUGCGUACGUGUUUUACGAACGGCGAGAGUGCGUUGAACUCGUACAGGGUAUACUUGAAACAAAAAACCAGUAAUAGAUUUAGAAAACACACAGGUUUGAAAACGCAAAUGAAAUGAUAUUUUGAUGUCGCCGUGUAAGUAGCAAUAGAUUCAUAGGGAGGAAAACAUGGAUGUAUUAUAAUAUCGUUAACAGAAGUGUAAUGUAAUAAUAUAAAUGGAACGU